AUGAAAAAUUGGUAUCAGAAUAAUGAAAAAACUCUAGCCAAAAUUUCGGAAUGUCUGGAAACAAUCGAGGUUCCUAAAACUGAUAAAAAAGAAGAAGAAAUAAGCAAACUGAUUAAAAAUUCGUUUCUUCUGUUAUUCAGGUCAUUCUGGGAACCAGGUGUGUUCCAGUUGAAAAAGAGAUCUAAACUUAAAACGCUUGGGAGAAGAUUGAAUCCAAAGCAGGAUAUCAGAAAAAUAGAAAUUGAGGAAUUCAAACGAAAAUUUAUGAAAAGUGUUGAAUCAAAAAAAUGGUCAAACUUCUACAGUAGCUAUUCAAGCUAUUUUGAUAAUGUCAUCAGGUUGGCUAGAAAUCAAGAAAAACUUGAUAUCGUUGUGGAAACAGAAAAUAAGAAUCAAUAUAAUACUCUCACUGAUGCGAAAGCACAUACACAUCAGGUAAAUUUAGCGAAAGAAGGAAACAUGAAGGAUCAAAAGAAAAAGAAAUCAAAACUUGCGUCUCAACCGCUUACUUUAAGAGAGUAUGACCUCUUAGAAUCACCAAAGAUUGAAAGAGAUGUACCAGUUAAAAGAUCAUCAAGUGAGGCCUCCAGUGCUUCUUUGAGUUUUUCCGCGAAAAUAAAUGAGAGGAACGAAGAGUUUCAAAGAGAACUGAACGCCCAAAAUGAGAAAUUUGCGGAGGAGCUUCGAAAAAUGCGAGAAAAACGAGAGAGAUUGAAUCGGGAAGCAGAAGAAGACAUGAGACAAUUCAAAAAAAGUCAAUUGAACUCAAUCGUUAGUUCUCCCUUGGAUUCUCGAAAUUCAAAGUCAACACAAAUAAGGAAAGAGCCACUUCCAAAAGCAGGCAAUGUUGAAACACCCGGAAUACACAGAACUCCUAGUCAAGCAUCAAACAAUUCACUUCAUUGGGAGAAUCGGAGAAACCAGAUGGACUUAAGCUUCCAAAGAAAACUGAACGAACAAAAUGAGGAGUUUGCGGAGGAGCUUCGAAAAAUGCGAGAAAAACGAGAGAGAUUGAAUCGGGAAGCAGAAGAAGACAUGAGAAAAUUUAGGAAAGAAUCAGCAAUGAGGAUUCAGAUGUUUUUGAAUUGUAUUCAAUUGAGAAUUCGAUGGGAAGAACAGGAACAGGAAUGGGGAGAUUGGCUGAAAAGUUUGAGAACGCCAGUUGCGAGAGUUAAGACAAUUUUAUUGGAGUUUGAAUAUCAAAGAAGACACAAUGACGAAGAAGAAAAUAAGUCUGAUAUAAUGUAUCUUCAAAAAUCGAUUCAAAUCGCAUACGAGAAACUAACUUAUGAAUUUGAAAAUCUGGUGAAUUUAUCCUAUCGUUAUGAAGAUAAACUAUUCCUGAAAGUGAUACAGUAUUUUAUCAGCCAUCUCGCUACAAAACUGUGUGUCACGAUGGAAGAACUUGAUGAAUACGAGCCAAAUGAGGAAUUCUUCAACAAAAUAAAUGAAAUGAGCAAGAAUAUCGAUGCAAUGGAUAUUCCAACAACUUCGAAACUUCGUUUGAUAUGUUCAAAUGCUUCUCCAGACGAUUAUGAACAUAUAGACCCACCUAAAGUCCCUAAUUAUGCGUGUGUCAUAACUGAAGUCAGUUUUGAAAAAGGAAUCUAA